GAUUAAAUGACUUCUGCUAUGCUCUGCCCGCCGUAAGCAGCUACUCUCGCUCCGCUGCGCGAGCUCUGCUCCUCUACAUUCCCGUUACGCUCUCUCUACACACUGUCACUGCGCAUCCACACUCCCGCGCAUCGGGGCUUCCAACUGCUGCCACGACCACCGGGGCCUACCAUGACCAGCAAUGGCUUGCGCACGCAGUACCCCUAUGAGGGCGGCAUGCUCAGUCCGCGCCCGCUCUACGACUUCCCUUCCCCGAGCUCGAACUACCCGUCUGGGCUAGGAGCGCCGUCCCCCAGUUUCUUCCCUAUGGCCUACCAGAUUUCCCCACGAUUUGGCGCCAGCGCCUUCAUACCUCCGCCAGAUGUCUUCGGUGAUCGCAGGGAUACUGUGCGCGAAAAUGGCGGCUACACACCACGCGACUUGAGGAAGAGAAGCUCAGAUGUCAUGAACACGGACCCAGUCGCAAUGCACCUGCUGGUAGAGACGGCGAUAGGAGACAGCCAGUACUUUGAUAUAUUGACCGUCGAAGAGGUGGAAGCACUCAAGCAGGAGCAAAAGGUACUUGACGCACGGCUUGGAACAGUGAGGAGAAAGCUAGAGUCUGAGACCAAGAUACGCGAUGCAACGCGCUCGCUCACUCGGCUGGCGUCAAAGAAGGGGAACGGACAUCGCAGAGGACUGAGCAGCAAGGACAGCAAUGCGGUGCAGGAGUACGACGAGCAAUCACAGGAGGGCCUCGAAGCCAGCAACAAGAAGGUCGAGGAGUUCAUCAGGGAGCUGCUAGAGAUCGAGUCGCGAAUGCGUAUGAUUGACAUGCAGCUUCUCAUGCACACGGCUGCUGUACUGCAGCUGACACACCGAGGCCCCAAUAAGCGCAGCGCCUUUGGCCAGCUGUCAGAAAACGGCAUGGGAAGACCAGACAGCCCGGCCAGCCUUGAGACGUACGAAGUCGGCAGAGCCAACGGCAUCGAUGAUGGAGAGGACGCAUUCGACGACAGGAGCUUCUAUAGGACACCGGAGAACCUCGACAGUCUUAUGACGGCGUUGCAGAACGGGACCCACCACCGCUCACAGUCCGUCGACCGUCAGGACCAGGCACUGACUACCAUGGGGCGACGUCUGGAAGAACUAAACGACCGUCUGAGGGAGCUCAUUGUGCAAGCCAACCCUGAGCGCAACGAGGAUUACGCUCUUCCGCCGCAGUCAUCCGGAGCUUCGCCAGAUGCUUCAAGUAUAGAUCGUCAGCUCGACUUCCUCGACCAAGGACUUCGUGACACCAAUGCUGAGCUUGCAAGCAUCCGCAGUAAGACUCGUCACAGCUUGAGCGAAGUUGAAGGACGCCUUGAGGGUAUCAACAACCAGCUAUACGGCGUAUUGAGCAGGUCUAAGCCUGACAACACCGAGCCAAUUCAGCCUCCACCACCCAUCACUGGAGGAGGGCAGGCCGAUCAGUUCAAUUACAUGGAAGACUCCCUGUACAAUCUUGAACAGAUACAGGACUCCUUGAACGACCAAUUAGACGAGUUGCGCUCGAGACCAGCGGACAAUGAGGACGCCGAGAAGACCGAGAAGUAUGAGACCACGCUUAUGGGCCUUUGGCAGAUUAUCCAAGCUGGCGAAGAGGAGGCCCGUGAACGAAAACGAGAGCGUCGCCGUGUGCUUGCUGACGACCCCGAUGCCAGUGACGAACUGUCGCCUGACGAGGACUACAAUGCCAAUGAGUCCUUUUCGCUACCAGCGUUCUCUGCAAAGGUGCAAUGGCUGUUCGGUCGUGCUAUGGGUAUGAAGGACAAACAUUCAGUACUUCUGCGCCAAAUCAAGCAACAGCGCGAACUGAACAACAAGUCGGACGCCCAGAAGGAGGAACAAUUCCAGCGCCUUAAUGAGCAGAUCUUCAGCGCAAGAUCUGAGAAGAAGACAAUGGAGGAUGAGCUAGAGCGUGCAAUGGGGCAACUCCGUCAAUUUGACGAGCAGAAGAUACAGGCUGACUCGCAGGCCAUGCGUGACACGCAAGAGCGUAACAUAGGUCUCGAGGCACAACUCGUCAACAUGCAAGAACGCCUCGCCACAUUCGAUAUGGAACUCAAAGAGUCAAAGGACCGCGCUGUUGCAUACGAGAACCAACUCAAGGAUGUACAACAGAGUGCUGUGGCCUACCAGAAGCAGCUGCAGGAAGCCGAAGAACGCAACUCCGCGCUCGAGAAGGAGCGCGAGGAGAAUGAAGCGGUGACUUCGUUGUACAACGUGAAGAGCAGGGAGGUCGAAGACCGCAGUGCGGGCUACGAGGCCCAGAUUCGGGAUGCUCAGGAACGAGCUGUCGCUUUGGAGGCCCAGCUGAGGGAAGCUCAAGAGGUGCAAGACGACUCUCGUGUCGAAGCUGCAGCAAGACAAGCUGAGCUUGCGCAGUCUGCGACCAAGAUCGAUGAGUUAGUUACUGCCCUCAAGGCUGCGACAGUAGAAAGUGAAGCAGCGUCGGCUCGCUCCCUCGAAGCGACAAACGCGCUUAACGCCAAGGAGGACGAAUACCGCAACCUUGAAAGCGAGGUCGUUCGGCUGACCACCGAACUCACUUUCGCUAAGGCCGAGCUCGAUGGCGCAUACGGCAGCCGUUCACAGCGCGCUGCGGAGUCCGCCGCCAACCCUGCUAUCAAGAAAGAGCUCGAUGAACUCACUGAAAAGAAUCAGUCCCUUCUUGCCGAACUAGAGGCUCUCGGCAGAUUGCAAGACGUAGCAUCGCAGUCCGAAGCGGAAGCUCGCCAGUCCGAACGCAACCUAAAGGCCGAGCUUUUAGGCAUGGCCACCGAGUACGAAGCACUCACUCGCGACGCUAUCCAGAACGAGAAGGACCGCGAGACCCUUGAGGCUCAGAUUGAUAGAUUGCGUAGCGAGAAAGAGGCAUUGGAGCGCGAUCUGAAUGACGAGAAGGUCAAGUGGCUUGGCGCUCGUACGCCAGGUACACCAGCUGGUGGUUCCGGCCAACAGCUCGAUAUGGGAGCUACCAGCAUUCGCAUGAUGCGAGAUGAGUUCAGGAAGAUGAUGAGAGACCGAACAGCUGAGGGGCUGAAGGCAUUGAGGGUCGAACAAGAGGAGCGUCGCAAGCUCGAAGCUGUCGUUCGCCAGCUGCGCAAAGAUGCAUCUCCUGCACUACGACCGACUCUGUCCCGCCAGACCACGCAAACAUAAUCACCGUUCUAUAAUCUCAACAACAUGUUCACGGCCUUGACGCCAUGAUGCUUUCUAAUUCGGCAUUUGUAUUUUUAUAUACCCCUUCGCGCUUUGCAUCUUGCGUCGCAUCAUGUAGCUAGGCGUUCACCAUAUUCAAGCAUGCAAAAGGACGAUAGACUCUGCAGUUAUGGUGCAUG